AGGCAUCAGGCGCCUAGGCACAGUUUAGGUCGCGCCUUGUUGCGCUCUGCAGAGAGGAGAUCUUACUCCUUGGUUUCCGCACCCGCUAGAGUCCCACGGCCGCUCGUCACCUCCCCGGACCUGGGCCACUCAGUGGACCCAAGGAGGGAAGGGAGGGAGAAUUCGGCGUGGGUGCUGGGGACCCCGCGUUUUGCGCAGUGGGCUUACACACAGUUUUGAGUUCCCGGCUGGAGCCCACCCUGCUUUGCUGUUGGUUAGAAGUCUCUGCGGCUCCCCUGCUUUGCUCUAGUGGACUGGAGAGGCCAUCGUAGAGCCCUAGGAACGUGGGAACGGACGCUUCGGGGGGUCCCCAGUUCCGCUUUGCUUGCUCUCGGGACCUUUGAGCUGCCUUUCGGGUCUUUGUCUCCCUUUGGGAAAGCUGGACUGUGGUUUUUCAGGCCAGGUUCCUGAGCAGGACCGCACGCUGGGAACCAUGGAGUUCACGGCGUCGCCCAAGCCCCAGCUCUCCUCUCGAGCCAAUGCCUUCUCCAUCGCCGCACUUAUGUCCAGCGGCGGCCCCAAGGAGAAGGAGGCAGCAGAAAACACCAUCAAACCCCUGGAACAAUUUGUGGAGAAAUCAUCCUGUGCCCAGCCACUGGGUGAGCUGACGAGUCUGGACGCUCACACGGAGUUUGGCAGCGGGGGCAGCAGCCCAUCUUCAUCCUCUCUGUGCACAGAGCCACUGAUCCCCACCACCCCCAUCAUCCCCAGCGAAGAGAUGGCUAAAAUCGCCUGCAGCCUGGAAACGAAGGAGCUCUGGGACAAAUUCCAUGAACUGGGCACGGAGAUGAUUAUCACCAAGUCUGGCAGGAGGAUGUUCCCCACCAUCCGCGUGUCAUUUUCUGGAGUGGAUCCUGAGUCCAAGUACAUAGUCCUGAUGGACAUCGUCCCGGUGGACAACAAGAGAUACCGCUAUGCCUACCACCGGUCAUCCUGGCUGGUGGCUGGCAAAGCUGAUCCCCCGCUGCCAGCGAGGCUCUAUGUGCACCCAGACUCCCCCUUUACUGGCGAGCAGCUCCUCAAACAGAUGGUGUCUUUUGAAAAGGUGAAGCUCACCAACAAUGAACUGGAUCAACAUGGCCAUAUAAUUUUGAAUUCAAUGCAUAAGUACCAGCCACGGGUGCACAUCAUAAAGAAGAAAGACCACACGGCCUCCUUGCUCAAUCUGAAGUCAGAAGAAUUCAGGACAUUCAUCUUUCCAGAGACAGUUUUCACAGCAGUCACAGCCUACCAGAACCAACUGAUAACCAAGCUGAAAAUAGACAGCAAUCCAUUUGCCAAAGGAUUCCGGGACUCCUCCAGGCUUACUGACAUUGAGAGGGAGAGUGUGGAGAGCCUGAUUCAGAAGCACUCCUACGCCCGGUCACCCAUCCGCACCUAUGGGGAAGAGGAUGUCCUGGGGGAGGAGAGUCAGACAACUCAGAGUCGAGGAUCAGCCUUUACAACAUCUGACAAUUUGUCUCUCAGUUCCUGGGUAUCAUCAUCUUCCAGUUUUCCCGGAUUUCAGCAUCCACAGCCCCUGACUGCUCUUGGCACCAGUACAGCAUCCAUAGCGACACCGAUUCCUCACCCGAUACAGGGUUCUCUGCCACCAUAUAGCCGCCUGGGAAUGCCUCUGACCCCAUCUGCAAUCGCCAGCUCCAUGCAGGGAAGUGGUCCCACGUUUCCUUCCUUCCACAUGCCUAGAUACCAUCACUACUUCCAGCAGGGGCCCUACGCUGCCAUCCAAGGACUUCGCCACUCCUCCGCUGUGAUGACGCCAUUCGUAUGAUUCCACUGAGAGUAGGGGAAGCUAGAUACAGAGUGUCAAUGGCUAUGAAAGUACAGGAGGGGUGGGAAGCGGGGUGGGUGGGAAGUGGGGUAUUGGAGCAAGGACUCUCCAGGAAACACAGGACUUAUUAAAGAAAAGAGGAGAGCUGAACUCACAAAAUGCCUACUCGCAAGGGAGUGCACCAUGGGCCAGGAUUCAUCUGUGAUUGGAUCCAGGAAAGAGUCAGUGUGAAGUAUAUUCAGCACACUCCUACAACUAAUAGGCUAUCAGUUUACCCAGAGAGCUUGAUAAUCCUAAUGGUUAAAAGUUUUGUUGAUGCAGUGCUGUAUAAAAUCCGUGCAUAGAGGUUUCUUUCUGCUUUCAACAGCUUCAGAGCAUCAUCCAGAAGGCAAUACUGUAUAGCGUAUUGACAUGAUGAACUCAAGUCCGUUUCUCCCAGUAGGAAAUGGAAUCCAGUAGCACUAUAUGUUUAUAGUGCUCUACUUUAAGCAUGUUUAGUUUCCUUUGUGUCAGUUUGCUGCAGACGGGGCAGAGUUGGUGCUAGUACGUCCUGUGGUGUGAAUGAAUACGUGGUGACACAUUUACCAAGUUCCCGCCAUAUCCACAUGACAACAUAAACUCUGUCUUCCCCCCACACACUUUUUUUUAAAAGCCUAAUAAUUCUUUUUCCUGCAACAACUUUGCAGUUAUGCAGUGAAAACCCUCUAUAUGCCAUUUUAAAACAAGAAGCUCUCUCAUUUUCAAAGAGGAUGGCUUCUGGGGGGGGGGGGGCUGCAUUAUCAACAGGCUGCUGACAGAGCCACCGAGGACCCGUCAAGAACCCAUGCAUGGGGAUGGCUGAGGCUCCCCCUCACACAUUCAAAGUCUGGUGGCUCUCUUCUGAGGGGAAUUUCUCUGCCCUGGAAACCAAAGUCCUCUUCAUUUUCACUCCAGCAUCAGCAGGUCUUUUGCGUAUUAAAACACACUGGGCCAAAUUCUGAUUUUUUUAAAAAAAUAUAAAUCUGCUUUGCUGCUGCUUCCAUCCUUGUCAGGGAUUUCCCGAUGGCCACUCUCCAUAUGCAUGCUUCACUGCGCUCUCAUGUAUGUUUAUGGGCAUGUACAUGCCCUGUAGCGGGUUUCCCUGGUCUGACUGUAUUAUUACAUUUACAGACUUCUUUCCAUUUUCCCUGGUCCCUAAUAUGAAGCUGCAUGUUAAUUCGAUGACUCCCUUACAGAAAUACUAACAAUUCUUACCAGCAUACAAGAGCUUCAUCCAGUUUUUUCUAUCUUCUUAAGCUUUCCUUCUACGUGUAAACUAGAGUUUAUGUUUUACUUCUGUAUAACCACUAUGUUAUUUUUGAGCAACAUGUAUCUUAGCAUUUACAUUCAGGAUAACACAUAUGAUAUUUUACAGUAGUACAUUUCCCUAAUAUAUAGAUUUAUUAAGGUCCUUAGAGUUUCAGCUUUGAAGACAGUGUGAUCCACCUAUAGGAUGUGACCAGUUUGCUUUAUGUAGGUUGCCUGAACUUUAUUUUAGUUUCAAUUUUUUUCUUCUUUUUGUUUUUUGAGACAGGGUUUCUCUGUGUAGCCAUGGCUGUCCUGGAACUCACUCUAUAGACCAGGCUGGCCUUGAACUCAGAAAGCUAUCUGCCUCUGCCUCCAAGUGCUGGGAUUAAAGGCGUGCGCCACCACUGCCUGGCCUAGUUUCAAUUUUUAAUGAAGUUUUUAUUUCACUCUGUUCUUACUUCAAAAGUAUUGACUGUACUGAAAGAUAUGGGAAAUAACACUCCUGACAGUAGAAAUGUAUUUAGGAGUAAAUGCAAUAUACUUACCACAUCACUUUGCAGUUUUAUUUGGUAGCUUUAAUGUUAGGUUUUUCCGUGUGGGAUGAUUUCCAAGGCCAAGUCCAGUCUAUGAAACAAGGUACCAUACCCAGUCUGAGUAUGGGGUGCUGGUUUUAGAUUUUUGCACUUGAUUUUCUCCACCAAAAGUCCAUAGCUUACUUACAAAGAAGCAUGAACUGUUAAGAAAACGAUUUUAAACUCUCCUGGCAGACACUGCAGGUGAGUCCAGCUUCUUAUGUGUCUUGUAUCCACAUGUAGUUGGUUUCCAGACAAAAUACAGAUGUGCAUUUCUCUUUAAAAACCCAUUGUGAGUGAUGUCUAAAAUAAAUGCCCAUAGAGCAAGGGUAAGGGCUUGAUAUUUAAUAAUUGGCCUCUUGCAAAAGAACCUUGGAAUAAAGUGCUACUAUUUAAAGCAGAAAAAAAAC